ACAAUCGAGUAAGAGUGAGUCCUAAGAGUGAACUAUGCCAUUAAGACAGCAGGGGAUCAAGUCGACGACCCCCGGCUUUUACACACUUGACAGCUGCGAUGCUGAGAUAUCAGACGAUGAGAACUGCGAGACUUUGCAAUCUGAAAUACGCAUUACUAAAGACGAAUACGAUGAGAUAGGACGUGUGAGGAGGGUUUGUAGCGGUGACAUAUCGGUCACUAAAUGCGAGGGAUUCUGUAACUCGCAAGUGCAGCCAAGUGUCGUUACCACUACGGGCUUUUUGAAAGAAUGCUACUGUUGUCGCGAGAGUUACUUGAAGGAAAGAUUCGUUGUCCUAAACCAAUGUUACGAUGCAGAUGGAAUCAAAUUGAUAGGCACGGAAGACGAGACCAUGGAAAUCAAACUGCGAGAACCUGCCGAAUGCAAAUGCAUCAAGUGUGGCGAUCUCGCGUGAUAAGCGUGACGAUUAGAAAUAUAAGCUAAACUUUUAAUCAUAUUAAAUUAUUAACAUUAUUGUAACAAUUAUAUUGAUAAAGAAAACAAAGCUACGUAUAUAGUUGUAAUAAAAAUAAAUAAUAUUCCCAACAAAUUUUUGUUAUGAAUUUCCCAAUUUCUUCCUUAAUAUAUAAAACUUUAUAUAAUAACUAAUCCAUACUGGGUAUUUCAUACAUUAUGAAAAAUGCAAAGUUCAAAAGAUUUUCUAAGUUUUCUGAGAUCCUGACAUAUACGUAUUCUUACAUAGAAUAUACACAUAUAUAAAUUAUUCUUGCACACUAUUAUUUUUGUUACUUCUUGUAUAGUUGCAUACCUUGCACACACAUAAUUUACGAAGUGAACAUUCAAUGUGCUUGAAAUAUAUAUAUUUCUGAAUAUAUUACUUAAAAGAUCUUCAGUGUUGUCAACUGGAUCUAUUACUUGUAUAUAAAAUAUUUAUAUUCUAAGAUGUUUUAUCAAAAACAGUGAUUCAUUAUUUAUAAACAUGUAAAUAUAUGGAUAACUUGUCAUCUGUCCAAGAAAAUUUGAUGGUUAAUAUGAUAUCGAUAAAGUCGAAACUGUCUCUUUCUCAAAAAUAAAAUGACCAAUUCUGUUAAAUUAUAUAAUUAUCUAUCAAUGUAUUUUAUGUAUUACAUUUCAUGUAUUUAUUGUGUUUAUUCUAUUCAUACUGCAACAUUUGGCAAAUAUGUUCUGUAAAUUCUCUUUAGUAAACAUUUUUUUACACGGCAAGUUUUCCGUUUUUGAAAAUAUAGAUCUAAAAAUUCUAUUAUAGUAUCAA